AUGAAAGUCUAUUCAAUCCUUAUAUUAAACAAAGCUGGUGGCCUAAUAUAUCAAAAUGAGAUUCAGCUGGGAUUAUCAAAGCUAACUGCUAAUGAUUACCUUGUCUUGGCCGGUACUUUACAUGGAGUCCAUGCCAUCGGCUCUGAGCUUACGUCGUCAUUCAACACCAACACCAACAAUAACAAUAACAAUAACAAUAAUAGUACACCAUUUAUGAACAAUACUAAGUCAAGCACAGAGGAGAUAAAUUCAUUACACAAUUCAUCGAUUUUGACUACUGGAAAACUGCUCAGUGCAGAUAGCAAUAGACUGGGACUAAAAAGCAUAGAGACUGAUAUCUUUAACUUGUACAUUUUUCAAACAACCAGCGGGUUGAAAUUUAUUUUGAUAACGACCCCAAAUUUGAAUGAUGCAGGAAAAAAGCAGACUUCGGAGUUAUUUCUGCAGCUAUACGUUGCUUAUUCGGAUUUUGUGAUGAAGAAUCCAUUCUAUUCAUUGGACAUGCCGAUCAAGUGCUCACUAUUUGACGAGAGAGUACGAUCUCUACUACUUUCACUGCUGCUAUAA